CAUGAUGGAACUCACCCAAACAGCCGGCAGCAGCCUAAUCGCGGCCAUCAUCACCAACAGCACUGGUGAGGGAUUAGCGAAUGAUGUCCUCAGCGGACACCACGCACUACAGCACCACCAGCACCAGCAUCAGCAGCAGCAGCAUCACCAUCAGUCGCAGUAUCCACACCACCAGCAGUACCAGCCCCAGUAUCUGUACGCGAACGAAAGCGUGGCCGGCCAUGGGGCCGAAACGCACGGUUACACCACGAACCCGAUCUGCAUCCUGCUGCCGAUAACGAUCUUCUACUGCUUCAUCUUUGUCGCCGGCAUCGUUGGCAACCUAUCCAUCUGCAUUGUGAUUGCGAAGAACAAAUCGAUGCACACCGCCACCAACUACUAUCUGUUCAAUCUGGCCGUGUCGGACUUUUUGCUGCUGCUGUUCGGAAUGCCACAGGAGCUGUACGGCACAUGGAACCCGUUCGCCUAUCCCUUCAACCAGAUAGCCUGCAUCAUCACGGGUCUGCUGUCGGAAACGGCCGCCAAUGCGACGGUGCUCACCAUCACCUCCUUCACCGUCGAACGGUACAUCGCCAUCUGUCAUCCGUUCCGAUCCCACACCAUGUCGAAGCUGUCGAGAGCGAUAAAGUUUGUGAUCGUCAUCUGGCUGGUGGCGUUCGGGUUGGCCACACCGCAGGCACUCCAGUUCGGUAUCGUGGAAUCCGAUGGUAGCCGGUUAUGUACGAUCAAAGAUGAACACUUUGUGCAUGCGUUCGAGGUGUCCAGCUUCCUGUUCUUCGUUGGGCCGAUGACGCUUAUAGCGGUGCUGUACGUGCUAAUAGGGAUAAAGCUUCGCAAAAGCAAACUGCUGCAGGGCGCCAAACGGGCAUCGUCCGAUUACACCACACCGCCCCGAACCGUCAGUGGCCAGAGCAGGGUGAUACGCAUGUUGGUGGCAGUCGUCGCCACAUUUUUCAUCUGCUGGGCACCGUUCCAUGCGCAGCGGCUAAUGGCUGUUUACGGUGUGUUUACCAAGACGGAGAGUGUGUUCUUCUACAAGGUUUACAUGGUGCUAAACUACAUUUCCGGCAUACUGUACUUUCUGUCCACCUGCAUUAAUCCGCUGCUGUAUAACAUCAUGAGCCACAAGUUCCGGGACGCAUCCAGGCACACUCUCAAGAUGAGCUUCUGUGGAGAUAAUCGCAACAAAUCGGAUGGACAGCAGCAUACGUACAGUGCCGUCUCGCGGUACGGCGUUACCGGUGGUGGAUCGUUUAAGGUAAACUCCAACAACAUGGCAUGCAUCGGGACAGGCAUCCCGAUGGGACCGGCAGGUAAUACUGCCUCCGAUAAGCAGCAACCGCCAGGCAACGGGACCACAGAGAAUCAGUACCAGCAGGAAUCGAACCUGUCGCUGCUAGCAAAAGACCGGUCCAACCGUAGCACCAUGCCACCGAUAUCGAUACGACCCACCUACACCCGGGCAGAUUCGCACUGUGUUUCGAUCAGUAGUAGCCAUUCGACGACCGGUACCAACUUAAGCAGCAAUGGGAAGCUAAGCCGUAGCUCGAACGGUUCACUACGGCACGGUGGCAACGCGCUCGAGUCAGGCACCGAAUCAUCAUCCGGCGGUCGUUUGUCAACGAUUGCAGAAAAGUUACGGCGAGGUACGAAGAAGGUGCUGGCGUUUAGCAAAUCGCCCAACAGCACGCCGUGCAAAUCAAGUGCUGCGUCAGCGGUCGUGGGCAGCUCAGGAACGGUGGAUAUGAACAACGAACGACGAAAGGCGUACCGCAAGCGAAACAGCUGCGAUAGCGUCGAUACUAAUACGAUCAGCAACUCAAGUUUGAAGGAGUUUGAUGAGGACGAAUUCAGCAGUGCUGAACUGGCACGCUUUAUGGGUGAAGUAAAUAGUGAGAUACGUUAG